AUGUCGAUGAUUCCGAGCUUCUUCGGCAACAACAACAGGCGUAGCAACUUCUUCGAUCCUUUCUCGCUAGAUGUCUGGGAUCCAUUCAAGGAAUUUUCGUCGUCGUCUUCACUUUCCCGAGAAAACUCUGCGAUCGUGAACGCACGUGUGGACUGGAGGGAGACGCCGGAGGCGCACGUGUUCAAGGCGGACUUGCCUGGGCUGAAGAAAGAGGAAGUGAAGGUGGAGAUCGAGGAAGACAGCGUGUUGAAGAUCAGCGGGGAGAGGCACGUGGAGAAGGAGGAUAAGAACGACACGUGGCACCGUGUGGAGAGAUCGAGCGGGCAGUUCACGAGGAAGUUCAGGCUGCCGGAGAAUGUGAAGAUGGAUCAGGUGAAAGCUGCGAUGGAGAAUGGAGUUUUGACCGUGACUGUUCCAAAGGCCGAGACGAAGAAAGCCGACGUUAAGUCUAUUCAGAUCUCCGGCUGA